ACAAUCCGAAUGUCAGAGAAAGAGUUUGUUUUGCUGGGUUUCUCCGUGCAAAAGAGAGUUUAUGUAACUUCAGAGGUGAAAAAGUAAUUAAAUCACUGUCGAAACAAGAUGAGUCAAAGGUCCAGAGUUAUUGAAAUCUACAAGAAGCUUCAGUACAUGGGCAGAGAGUAUCCGGGCGGUCCGGAGAAGUUCAGGACGCGUUGCCACGCGGCCUUCGCCAGGAAUGCCGGCGAGAAGGAUCCGCAGAAGGUCCAGGAGCUCAUCAGGAGAGGCGAAUUCGUCGUGGAGGAGCUGAAGGCGCUGUACAGCCUGAGGAAGUAUCGGGCCAUGAAGAGGCGAUACUACGAGGAGAAGUGAUGAAUGGAUUGCGGAAAUUGACGCCUAUUAUCCUGUCCAAGGAUGAUGUGAUUUAUCAGCCCUGAACGUGUCUUUUCCCACCCCCCAAAAAAUUGCUCUGAUGAGGCGGAAAUUGCGGGGCGAAUUUUGCUGUGAAUGCGGAAAAAUGCGGAAUAUUUGUCAUAAUGUUUAUAUUUCAUUUGUUUUUAGUAUAAUAUAUUUUACACCAGAGAAAAAACAAUCUACUUAUCAACAAAGUAAUAGUUUUUCAUCAUCUCUCAUGUCUUUUCACCAUUUUCUUCAUCUUCUUUUUUUUCUGUAAUCAUAAAUUUAUAAUUUUUUUUUCUUUUUGUUUAAUGAUAAUUUAUUAUUGUUUAUAUUCAUUUCUUCAAUAAGUACAUAAUGUUUUUUUUCAUGUUUAUAUAUAUUCAAUAUUUUUUGGUAUAUAUUUUUUUUCACUUUAUUUUUCUUGCACAUUUAAAUUCAUCAUCACUUUACGUGCUGCGCUACAAGUUAAUAUUUGUGAGAUUUUUUUUCAUCAUUCUUCUGGGUUCAGUUUUUUUGUUUCAUUUUCGCCCUCUUUUUAUUUCUUCUUUGUAUUGUUUUUUUUUCCAGUAAUACUUUCACAAACUUCGGCGCCACUUCUGCCCUUUCUUAUUCAGUUGAAAAAGCCGUUCGCAUGCCGUUGAUUGAUGAUUUUUUUUUUGUGUUU